GUUCAGGAAGCUCCUGGAAGGGCGCCAUGGGUACAAAAGGCAGCCGGGCAGGCAGCAGAGGCAGUGCUCAGCUGAGCAAGGCAAGGGCAGUGUGUGCGGCAGGAGCAGAGCCAUGGCACGCUACUCCCGGGGCCUGGUGCGGCUGCUCCCUGUGCGGCAGUGGCCAUCGCAAGGCUGGUGGCCCACGUGUGUCUGCAGCAGCGAGGGGAUGAGCAGCCUCCUGCAGCCAUCGCCAGCCAGCAUCUUUGACCAGAUGGCGAGUGACCUGCAGCAGCAGGUGGAGGCGAUGGACAGGCUGAGCCGUGCCGUCUUGCAGGCCCAGCCGCUCCUGUGGUUGGAGCCUGCGGGCCAAGGGGAGCUGAGGCAGGAUGGAGCAGCCCAGGCUGGGGCCACAGAGCAGGAGCCAGAGUCUGGGGGUCAGCAGCGCAAGAAGUUCGAGCUGCGUGUGGAUGUGGCCGGCUUCGCACCAGAGGAGCUGACAGUGAGGCAGGAGGGCAGGAGGGUGAUGGUAACGGGGAGGCGUGAGAAGAAGAGCGCUGGAGAGGAUGGAGGCAGCUUGCAGGAGUACCGGGAGCUGCGCAGGGAAAUGCGGCUGCCCGCAGGCCUGGAUCUGGAGGCUGUGACCUGCUCCCUGUGCUCGGAUGGACAGCUCUGCAUCCAGGCCCCACGCCUGGCCCUGCAGCCCGCAGAGGGGAAAGCCAUUCCCAUCAGCGUCCAGGCGGGAGAGGGAGCCACACAAGGAGACACUGCUGCCAGGGAGGAGAAGGAGCUGGGCAGGCAGGUGGGGAGUGGCAGCCAGGAGACCUGACCCAGCCAGAGGGGGUGACAAUGAGCCACUGCCCUGGCCCAGAGACUGCAGCCAUUUCUGGGGUGUAUCCCUGCCCAAACCCUGUGAUCCCAUCCGAGUACAUCAUGCCUAGGAGUCCCUCCUGCAGCAGUGACCUAUUGAGUCUUUCCCAUGUUGGACUCUGGACCAAACUCUUGUACCUGUGCCCAACCUGAAGAGAAAUGGGGCUUUUGGUUUCAAUAUUUCUUGUUUCUGGACAUUUAUCUUGGCCAGGUGACAGUGAUCUUCCUGAAUGUCAUGUUUGUGUGUCAUUGGUGGAAAUAAACCCAUCUUUCCCACAUUAUAGUUUGCAGUGGA